UUUCUGUGGACAGCGAUGCGGAGGGGAUUGACUAGUAAAGCAGACAGCGGGAGGCUGACUCUAGCAGCUGUAGCACUACAGGACCAUAUCACACGCAACCUUCCUACAUCGGGCAGCUCAUGUGUGGCUCCACAUGGCUUUAAGAGGCACCAAAAACAAAUCUCAAGGCAGAAAGUAAGAGUUGCUGAGGGAACACACGGGCAGGUUGAAGAAGAGUAUGUGCUGGAUCAAGCUCCCGUACAUCUGACUCUCGCUCAGAAGAUGGGUCUGGUGCCGGCACCCUCAAGAAGACUAACAACAGAGGAGUGGACAGAGGUUAAAGCCAGGUCUGUCCAGGAGGGAGACUCAAUUCAACCAUGCGUGAUAUGUAGAGAGGAGUUUCGUCUACAACCACAGGUUCUGCUUUCCUGUUCACAUGUUUUUCACAAAGUGUGUCUGAAGUCUUUUGAAAAGUUUUCAGGCAGGAAGAGCUGCCCUAUGUGCAGGAAGGAGCAGUAUGAGACAAGAGUGAUUUAUGAUGGUGCUCAGCUUUAUCGAGAAAAGUGUGCUCGCAGGAUACAAGCUUUAUGGCGAGGCUACGUCGCUCGCAAAUGGUACAGAAACAUAAGAAAACAGGUGCCUCCGAAAGACCCACUGUUAAGACGGAGAUUCUUUGAGAAAAAGUUUCAGGAGAUGAACGACAGCCUGGUGCAGUCGUGCAGCACGGACAUCGAAGCAUUUCUGAAUGAGAUCGAUCGCUCCGUGGCCGUGAGCCACGAUAUCCUGCGCCGCUUCAACAGCAACUACGCGUGUGAAAUGGAGGAUAAGGACUGGCUGGAAGCUCAAGAGAAGGCUAUUCAGCGAGGUGUUCAGGAUUGCCCCAUAUGCCUAAACCAUCUGAACUCCAAGGAAGGCAGGAAGGUUUUACUAUUGUCUUGCUCUCAUGUUUUCCAUGAACCCUGCCUGCAAGCUUUUGAGUUUUUCUGCCAGGAAGUGAAACCCACAUGUCCACUCUGCCGCUCCCGCUAUGCCAAAAUGCUUGUUUAGAAUUAAAGCUUAGAUUUUGAUAUAGA